AUGAACAUCCGUGUGCAGGGAUUGGCACACGUGCGGGUUUACCCCUGGGAUGGGGCUUUGGUGUUCCUUUUCUACGAGCUGAUUUGUCCUCAUUUGAGUGACAGCCCAAGCUUCAAAGUACACGAAUACACUGAGUUUGGGAAGUGGAUGGAUGGAUGGGAGACCAGAAGGAAAAGGAUUCCAGGUCAUGACUGGUGCAUCAUCAAGCUGGGGAUACAAGGGAUUAUCCGAGGCUUCGAUGUGGACAUUUCUUACUUCAUGGGGGAUUAUGCUCCUCGAAUGUCAAUUCAAGCAGCAAACUUGGAAGAAGAUAAACAACCAGAAAUCCCACAGAGAGGAGUCAGGACAGGAGUGGCAGCCACGCCGGAGGAGUUUGAGGCUGUUGCUGAGCUGAAGUCCAAUGACUGGAACUACCUGGUCCCUAUGACAGAGCUUAAACCAGGAAAGCCGGCUUCCAGCCACAAUUAUUUUCCUGUCAAUUCCCAGCAGAGAUGGAGUCACGUGAGACUCAACAUUUUCCCGGACGGUGGAAUUGCACGUCUUAGAGUAUAUGGUACUGGACAGAAAGACUGGACUGCAGCUGACCCCAAAGAACCUUUUGACCUAGUGGCCAUCGCUCACGGGGGUGCCUGAGGAUUCAGCAAUGCACACUUUGGGCAUCCAAACAAUAUGAUAGGAGUUGGAAAGGCCAGGUCUGUGGCAGAUGGCUGGGAGACCGCGAGAAGGCUGGACAGGCUGCCAGUAUUAGAGAAUGACGAGAACGGCAUUCUCCUUAUUCCGGGUUGUGAAUGGGCAGUUUUCCGAUUGGCACAUCCUGGAGUAAUAACUCAAAUAGAAAUUGAUACAACACAUUUUAAAGGCAAUUCUCCCGACAGCUGUAAGCUGGAUGGUUGUAUCCUGACGACUCAGGAGGAAGAAGACAUGAUGAAGCAGAAGUGGGAGCUUCCGGGCCAUAAGUGGAAACCGCUGCUGCCAGUCACCAAGGUGUGGCACCCAUGGGGAUACUUGUUCGACAGCCUGACCCUGGAGCUCCGGGAUGUCAUCACGCAUGUGAGGCUCACCAUCUCCCCCGAUGGCAGCGUGAGCCGUCUGUGACUCAAGGGCUUCCCCAGCUCCAUCUGCUUGCUGCGGCCCGGCGAGAAGCCCAUGAUGAGGUUCUCUGUGAAAGCGGGCUUCCGAGCCAACCUCUGACUCCACGUGCGGCCGGCGUGGGCUACGGGAUGACACAGUCCUACGCUUCUCCUGAAGUGUCUUUAACACCUAAAACUUAAGAGGUUUCUAGCAAUGAAUCUAAGAUCAACAUAAUUCCUGGUGAUUUAAUAAAG